AUGUUGGAGAAAAACCUUUUAAGAAAUCCUGAGGCUGUAAAUCCAGGGAGUGAAAUUAAAUUCGAUGAUUUACCGAAUGCUUCGAGCUUUCCGUGGGACCAAGUUCCUUCAUUGUUUUGGCGGUAUAAGGAAGCGGAAUCAAAUCCUAAUUUGGAGUUGCUGAAAAACAGCAUGGAUGCAAAUGGUUUGAGUUGGGGGUAUAUUUUCAACACUUUCUAUGAAUUGGAGAAUGCGUACUUGGAGUUUCUAAGUAAACAAAUUGGGUAUCAGCGAAUUUACAAUAUUAGGCAACUGAAUUUACUUCAUGGACCUGAACAGAUGAAUGUGAAAUCUGAUUCCACUAGUGGUGAGGUUUUCUCAUGGCUUGAUGAGUGUCCUAAUGAGUCAAAAAGUGCUCAAGAAAGCGCUAAUGGAGGCUUAAGCAAAUGGGCUCGAACGGAGUGA